UCAAUUUUCAAUAGAUGUAUAUAAUUGGACAUUUAGACCAAGCUUCUGAUGAUGAUGCAAAACUUCUCUAUCUUUACAGGCAGCAAGAUGUUAGAGCAACUGAGAUUGAUAAAGUGGAUAUGCACUUAUCUUUUCGCCCUGGUGACAUUAUUAGAGCUGUUGUGCUGUCCCUUGGAGAUGCACGGGCUUAUUAUCUAUCAACUGCAAAGAAUGAACUGGGUGUUGUGUCUGCGGAGAGCACAGCAGGUGAAACAAUGGUUCCAAUAAGUUGGACCGAGAUGCAGUGCCCAUUAACUGGUCAAAUUGAGCAAAGAAAGGUUGCUAAGGUUGGAGGUUGACAUGAAAAUAAUCAGACUAAUCUACAGUGUCUCCAAUCUGCAUUUCGUUUCCCUAAUUUCUGAUGGGGAAAGUAUAGGAAUGUAUCAUUUUUGUCAGAAUAUGAUUAUAUUUUGUUACAGGUUUCAGUAGUGCCUUUCUAUGAUUAUGUUUGUUAGGCGGUAUCUUACAUUACUAAGUUCUCCCAAGCACUAUGUACAUGUAGCAUAGACUUAGGGUUUACAAAUUGGACAUAGAAAAUCUACUUCUCAGACUACAAUCUGUGCAUCAUUUUAACUUUAUAAAAGCAUUUGUUCCGGAUGAAAAUUUUACUUUUGA